AUGAAACCAUCUCCGAGGAUGCUCAUUAGUUGCAAGAAUUCUUCAUCGUUUCUUGCAAGAUGUCACCCCACUGCUCCUCGUGCAAUGUCUAAUAACCUUUCUUCUACCAACAACAUUCGCAUGUUGGGUUUUGCACGAAUAAUGAACGGUAACCACAGAGCUUUUCGGUUACCCUCUUCAAGAUAUUUUAGCCAUUUAACUUCAAGGCCUCAAACAUUCCGUUCACCGGCCGCAACCAGAAUCAACGGCGACGUCACCACUGCUACCGUGAAUGAACUUGGAUUGAAGCCUCGGAAGUCAAGUGUGAAUGACAAAAAGAAUCUGGAGAUUGAGAAGGUUUACAUAAAGACGGACAAUGGCAUCGAUGAGAAGCAAUUGGUUGUCGAAAAAUCAGCGGACAAAGAGUCUGAGUUAGAAGCUGGGGGUGAAGAAGAUAAUGCAAGAUCAGAGAAUAAGGUAUCUGAGGGUGUGGCUGCUCCAAUUAUCAACAACAAUGGUGAGGAGGAGACAGACGUGGAAAGAGAGGCAUGGAAGCUGUUGCAAGAGGCACUUGUUACGUAUUGUGACACCCCUGUGGGAACGGUGGCUGCAAAUGAUUCCAGUGAGGAGUCUUUGAAUUAUGAUCAGGUCUUCAUUCGGGAUUUCAUCCCUUCAGCCCUUGCUUUCUUGCUCAAGGGGGAAAAUGAAAUCGUCAAGAACUUUCUCCUUCAUACCUUGCAACUCCAGAGUUGGGAGAAAACUGUGGACUGCUAUAGCCCAGGGCAGGGGUUGAUGCCUGCAAGCUUCAAAGUUAAAACCAUGCAAGUUGAUGAAGAAAAGGUAGAAGAAGUUUUGGAUCCUGACUUUGGGGAAUCAGCUAUUGGUCGUGUUGCGCCGGUAGAUUCAGGAUUGUGGUGGAUCAUUUUGCUGAGGGCUUAUGGGAAGCUGACCGGUGAUUACAGCUUGCAAGAAAGGGUGGAUGUUCAGACGGGCUUAGAGAUGAUCCUUAACUUGUGUUUAACCGAUGGCUUCGAUAUGUUCCCAUCUCUGUUGGUGACUGAUGGUUCUUGCAUGAUAGAUAGGAGGAUGGGAAUUCAUGGUCACCCUCUUGAGAUUCAAGCGUUGUUUUACUCAGCUCUACGAUCAGCCCGUGAGAUGGUUAAGGUGGAUGAUGGAUCCAAGAAUCUGGUUAGAGAAAUCAACAACAGGCUGAGUGCACUCUCAUUCCACAUUAGAGAAUACUAUUGGUUGGAUAUGAAAAAGAUGAACGAGAUAUACCGGUACAAAACAGAAGAGUACUCGUUGGAUGCCACCAACAAGUUCAACAUAUAUCCAGAACAGAUUCCUCUGUGGCUAAUGGAUUGGGUUCCACAGGAAGGGGGAUAUCUCAUUGGAAACCUUCAACCGGCACACAUGGAUUUCAGAUUCUUCAUGCUUGGGAACCUCUGGUCCAUUGUUUCAUCUUUGGGUACCCCAAAACAGAAUAAGUCCAUUCUGAAUCUCAUAGAAGCAAAAUGGGAUGAUCUUGUUGGCCACAUGCCUCUUAAGAUAUGCUAUCCUGCCUUGGAGUCUGAGGAAUGGCGCAUAAUCACUGGCAGUGACCCAAAGAAUACCCCUUGGUCAUAUCACAAUGGUGGAUCUUGGCCAACACUUCUAUGGCAGUUUACACUUGCAUGCAUCAAAAUGGGGAGAACUGAACUUGCUGAGGAUGCAGUUGCUUUGGCUGAGAAAAGGCUUCCAGUUGAUUCAUGGCCGGAAUACUAUGACACUCGCACCGGCAAGUUCAUCGGGAAACAGGCCCGGCUUUAUCAGACAUGGACAUUAGCCGGCUUCCUUGCAUCCAAGAUGUUCUUAAAGAAUCCUGAGACAGCAGCCAUGUUGUGCUGGGAAGAGGACCUUGAGAUUCUUGAGACAUGUGCUUGUGCACUGAGCAAGAGUGGCAGGGCUAAAUGCUCUCGCGAUGCCGCCAAGUCUCAGAUUCUUGUUUAG